AUGGUGGAGAUCCAAUUCCUCCUGGUGAAGCCUGCCCCAGGCACAGAAUCUCGCCGAGCACAAGAGUUGCGAGACUCAGCGGCCCGAUCUCACGCAGCACGGAUUACCCACAACAGAGCCAAACAGCAGCGGAAGAAAAAGAGCCGCGAGGAGGAAGUUGAUGAGGGAGAGGGUUUCGAUUGUAGUUGUUGUCACCGUGCAUCGUCCAUUACGACAAAGGAUAGCAAUGCCAUAUCACGAUGGAUUCACACACAUAGCAGCGACGCGGUCUUCCACCGUCCAUCUGAAUGGGGUCACGGGCACAAUGACAGGCCUCAGGUCGGCCAUGCUCACGGGGAUGGCGUUCAAGACCAGAGAUACUUGUGGGCAAUUCUUGGCCAGGGGAGGCAGGACCCGUUCGGCUCGUACGCGGGCAGCAAUCUUCCUUGUCGACUGCUUGCUGUCCUAGAAGAUGCUUACGAAGUUGUCUGGCCAAAGAUGGUCCAGUCCGAGGACAACCAGCUGGCGGUGACGAAGAACUCUUGGAGGCAGGCGGCGGUACAAUACCCUUUUCUGUUUCAUUGCCAAGUUAUGGGUGCCGCGGGGGCAGCCUUGAGCAUUUGUCAGGAUGAAACGGCGGUGAAAUAUCUUUCCUUGAAGCGACUCGAGCACCAGAUGACCGCCGUCAAGCUCAUCCGUGAAGAGCUCCAAUCAAUCAACAAUGGGAGAUCAGAGCCAUCAGAUGAGCUGAUCAUGGCAAUUCUGAACCUCGUCACUUCGUCUGGAGACGUCAACGAGCCGCCUGGAGAGGAGGUUCAUCCCAAGUCACCGCUCGCACAGGCCCAACCUGUUGGAAGGGUCAAACUGAAUGAUACACAUCUUCAGGCCGUGCAUAUGCUUAUCAAACGCAAGGGAGGACUGCAGGGUUUGAAGUCAUAUGCUUUAGCAUAUAUGGUCGAGGUCGUUGACAUUUAUGUGUCCACCCUCAAGGGCAGUCGUCCGCUAUAUCCAUGGAUGCAUGGGUCCCAAGACCUGGUCGCCAAGGGCAAAUGUAUUCCGGAUCAGCAUGCGAAAGGGCUCUCGAAGGUCCUGGGGUCUGGCUUGACGCUGCUGGCCUCUAUCGACGUGAAGGUGCAUCGGCUGUAUCUCGAAGCCUGCGAAGUCACCAUUGCCCUAGACCAGUAUCACCGAGGUGCAGAAGGACACCCUGCAUUGUCCGAUCUGGUCGACGCCAGAAACAAGACUCAACACGGCUUCUGUAGCCUGGCCGCGGCCACAGACUCGGAGACGGACUCAUUUGAAGCCCUCUACGAGCUCUGUCGGAUAGCGGGUUUGAUCUUCUGCGACAUGGUGAUACUGCCACUGCCAUACAGCAGUGGCGUCAAACCCCGCCUGGCCCGUCGACUUCGUGCCGUUCUAGAAGCCCCUAGUCUGCGCAUAUUUUGGAAAUCAGCCGUCUAUGGCGAUUUGCUGACGUGGGUUGUCUUCAUGGGAACGAUAGCCGCCACAUUCACAAAAGCUCGAGGAUGGUAUUUGCAGCAACUACGAGGGUUGGUUGACGAUCGGCAGCUUGACUGGGACGGAUUCAAAAAGCUGAUGAAGACAUUCCUCUGGUGGGACUUUACGUUCGAAGUCCCUGCCGCAAGGAUAUGGAAGGAUAUCAACGCUCUAACAUACGAAUCAAGCGUACCCUGCCGUGCUUCAACAACUCUCAACCAAAAGACGUGA